AAACUCCUUGGCAAGUGCGCCUCACAUUCACGUACAGUCAAAGAGAAAAUGCAAAGAAAGAAGAGCGAGGCUCAUCGCAUUCACACUGCAGCAGGCACCAAUAAACUAUCUACUUGAGAGUUGAGAUCUCAGAUCUACAAAACCGAAGCACUCUAGGCGGAUCUAUAGAAAGGCGACAUUCAACAGAUCGGGCAGAGCAACCGAACUAUGGCUUCUCUGAUCAACGAAGCAGCAGCCAGUUCUUCAUCUUCUGCUCUCCCACUUUCUUCUACUGAUCACCAAAAUCAUUACACAUACGAGGUCUUCCUGAGUUUCCGAGGCGAGGAUACGCGCUAUGAUUUUACAGAUCAUUUGUACAACGCUUUGUGUCUGAGGGGAAUUAAGACCUUCAGAGAUGAUAAGCUUAGCAGAGGAGAAGACAUAUCACAAGAGCUCCUCAAAGCAAUUGACGAGUCCAGAGUUUCAAUCGUCGUCUUCUCUCAAAAUUAUGCUUCCUCAAGGUGGUGCUUAGAUGAACUGGUCAAGAUACUUGAAUGCAGAGAAUCCAAAGGCCAGAAGUUUAGAGCUGUUUUCUACAAGGUGGCUCCUUCAGAUGUACGACACCAAAUAGGUGCUUUCGGUGACGCAUUUGCAACACUUGAUCAAUUUUACAAGGAUAGCAUGGAUAAAUGGAAGGCAGCUCUCAAGGAAGCAGCAGAUUUGUCUGGAUGGACUUUUGAGUAGGGCCGGUACGAGACUGAAUUUAUCAAAGAAAUUGUUGAGGAUUUGUUCGCCCAAGUAAUAAAUCCUUCAUGUGAGCUGCACGUUGCUGAUCAUCCAAUUGGCUUAGAGUCUUGUAGACAAGAGGUCAACAAACUUUUAGAUGCCGAGGAGAAUAACAUGGUUGGCAUAUGGGGGCCUGGUGGAAUAGGAAAGACCACAAUUGCAAAAGCUGUGUUUAAUUCAAUUCGCCAUAAGUUUGAAACUAGUUGUUUCUUGGCAGAUGUUGGAUCUAAUUCAAAUGGCCGAGCACAACUGCAAGAGAGACUUUUGCAUGAUGUUUUAAGGGACUCAAAUUUGAAGGUGAGCAGUGUUGAUCAGGGAGUCAGUUUUAUAAAGGAAAGAAUGCAAGAUAAAAAAGUUCUCUUAAUCCUUGAUAACGUGAGUCAUUCUAGCCAAUUAAAUAACUUAGUUCCAUCCCCUGAUUGUUUUGGCCCGGGCAGUAGAAUUCUCAUAACAACAAGAGAUAAACGUUGGCUAAUUGCUCAUGAAGUUAAUGAAGUAUAUGAGGUCAAGAUGUUAGAUGAUCAUCAUGCUCUGGAGUUGUUUAGCUUGCAUGCAUUCAAAAGAAAUGAACCUCCAAGCGAUUAUCUGGAACUUGCUCAACAUGUUAUACGCUAUGCCCAAGGCCUUCCAUUAGCUUUGAUAGUCUUAGGCUCUCAUCUAUUUCGUAGAAGCACAGAGGAGUGGGAAGCUACAAUAGGUAGUUGUAAAGGAGGUCCUCAGGCAGAUAUACAGGAAGUUCUCAAACUAAGUUAUGAUGCUCUAGGACGAGAUUUAAAAGAACUAUUUCUUGAUAUUGCUUGCUUCUUUAAAGGUGAGUAUGCAGCCCGUGUGAAACCAAUACUAGAAGCUUGCUACGACCACAAAACAAUGGUGAUUGGUAUUGCACAACUGCAAGAAAAAGCCUUGAUAAGAAUUGACAAAGAUGAUCGGAUUUGGUUGCAUGACUUGAUAGAAGAAAUGGGUAAAGAUAUAGUAUAUCAGGAGUCACCUGAUGAACCAGGGGAACGCAGCAGACUAUGGAGUGGAAAAGAUGUCGACCAUGUUCUAACAAAUAAUACAGGUACAAAUAAAGUUAUAGGCAUUCAGGUCCCGUGGCUAUUAUCUACAAUAUCUAUGAAUGCUAAAAGCUUUUCAGAGAUGAGGAAUCUUAGAUAUAUUUCCAUGGGAGGACCAUCCUUUUCUGGAGAUAUUGAUUAUCUCUCCAACCAGUUGAGGUGGCUCGAUUGGCACAAUUGUCCGUUGCAAUGUUUUCCAUCCGAUUUUCAAGCAAACAAACUUGUGGAGCUCAACAUUAUUAGCUGCAAAAUCAGACAACUAUGGGAGGGACGUAAGCAUUUAUGGGUUGCACAAUCUAAAGAGUCUUGAAGCGAGUGGAUGCUCAAAACUGGCUACAUUUCCAAGAAUUCCAGGAAAGAUGUAUUGCUUGAGACGACUCUCUCUUAAAGGCAGUGACAUAAGAGAAUUGGAUAAGUCGAUUGAAAAUCUCAUUGGGCUUAAACAUUUGGA